UUCCACUUUCAUUUUCGUCUCCAUUGUUUGGAAAGAAAGGGGGAAUGAGGUUUUAUUUUUUUUCUUCUUCCUUAUUUGACCUGCUGGAAAAUCGAUUGGAAGAAGGCUUGGUGUCGCAUGCAUGGAGGGUAAAAUCUUGGUUUGAGCUAGUUAGAAUCAAUUUCUCAAGCCAUUCGGUAAUCCUCUUAAGUUCCUUCUUGAUUAUAGUUGUUCUUGUGUUGUUUUUGGAUAGGAAAAGAAAAUUCUUUGAAGGGUAAAAACGGUGGUGAAGCUUGACAAAAAAAAAGAAAAGAAAAAACCAAAAGCUUGGAUGAAGGAAGAUUUAGUUGUUUAAAUGCAUGGAAUGUAAAUACAUGGAAAUAUUAAAUGAUUAGCAUAAACCUUGCUGUUAAUUUUGUUGUAAAUGUUUCUCUAUUGUAAUAUGAAGUUAAUUUUGAUAGCUAAAGGAGUAGGAGGGGGUUGUAACAAGAAGAAGGAAAAGAACAAUAGAAGCUAGGAGCAGUUUGGAAAAAUUCUGGGGAACUCGUUAGACUUCAAUUUUUUUUCUCAUGUUUAUAAAUUGUGGAAAUUAAUAGGUUACUUCCGGAGUGGAAGCAUCUUGAGUUGUACCGUAGCUCAAUUAGUUGUUUGUUUAUCUAAGUUUCGUUGUUGUUCGAAUCAGGAACAUAUUACAUGUGUUUUUACCGAUUAAUACUAGGUAUAUUGCCUGAAUUUAUGCUGACCGAACAUGACGUAUUAAGUAUGUUUUAUUUCCAAAUUAAUUGUUGUAAAUGGAGGCGUUUAAAUGCUAUAAAUAGUUUAUUAAAGGCUAUAAAUUUGAAGUGUUUAAUUGUUGUAAAUGGAGGUGUUCAAAUCUUGUAAAUUGAAGUGUUUAGGUGUUGCAAUUUGAGGUGUUUAAAUGUUGGAAAUUGAAGUGUUUUCUUUAAAUUUUUAUGUCUUAUUAAUUGCUAAACUAAUAUGAAAAUUGGGUUGGAAAUAGUGUUUUGAGCUAUAUUAUUAUCUCAAUUGUUAAAUGUGUCCUAUAAUUAAUUUAUGGCUUACCCAAAAUGAUAGUAUUUGGCUAGAAAAUUUUCUAUUUAAAAUGUUGUUUGAAUGGUGUACAUGUUGUCCAUUUUUAGGUUGAAUAAUGAGGUUGAUUUAAUAUUUAGCAAUAUUGUUUAAAGGGUGUUACAUGCUGUCCAUUCUUUGUGUUAAUGGUUGAAGUUGAUCCAAUGUUUAGCUAUGUUGCUUAAAGGGUGUGACAUGUUGCUCAUUCUCGUGUUAAAAAAUAGAGAUUCAAAUCAUCCUUAACAAUGUUGAUUUAUGCUUUCGCGUUGAAAUAGGAGAUUUAUUUAAUGAGUAUUAACGUUGUUGUCUAUUUUGCGUUGAAAAAUGAUGUUGAUUAGCUAUGUUAUUCAAAUGGAAAUCACAAAGCUAUCAUGAAUUCCAUAAAAAGGUUGUCUAAAUGUGUUGGCAUUUAUGUUGUUGUAUUUAGUGAAGUUGUUCAAACGUGUUGAUUUCAUUGUCCAAUUGUCGUAUUGUUAUGCUGCCAUAUUGUGUUAAUUAGGCUAUCCAGGUGGAGCUAAUAAAAUGGUCUGAAUGUGAUGUUAGUAAGUUGAUUUUAUGUCUUGUAAUGUUGAAGAUUUGUUGAUAUCCAAAGCAUAACCUGAAGUUGUACAAAACUGAACAUUUGAAAUAGGUUUCAACCGAAUUGAAUGCUAGAAAUUCAGCAUAUGUAUUCUCUUGUGUUAAAUGAAGGAAAAUAUUAACUUGUUGCUUGGAAGUGCGUAGCUAGGAAACUACCAAAUUAAUACGUUAAAUUGUUGAUUGAAUUUUAUGCUUGGCUGCCGUCUGAAUUGCUAUCUUAACGAUUAUUACGAGUUGAGGUGCUUGGUUGAAUAAGAAUAGUUUGGGCUUCUUUUUGCUCUAUAUAAGCCUUAAAAGGGGAAAUGCAUCCAUAAUCAUAAAGCCCACUACUCUUACUCAUCGUUCGUUCUGUUUGAAUUCCGUUAAAACAAAACAAAAAAAGGCAGCGACUGCAGCACUCUGAACGAAUCAAAGCACCAAAUAAAUCUACGUUUUCAAUUCUGAAUUAUAACAAACAUUCUUUCAUUCUUUUUGUAAUUUCUCUCCCAUCCAAACAAAAGCAAAGACGAGGAAAUGCCGAUAUCCGUGCUGUUGAGUGAACGAAAAUAUUCAUUCCUUUGCCUUGCAUCAAUCCUCCUCAUCUCCUUUGCAUUCCUCCUUUUAACCUACACCUCUUACCCUUUCUUUUUCGCUUUCCCUCUCCCCUCCGACAUCCACGUUUCCGUAUCUUCACCUCCCCCUCCUUCACGAUCCUCAUCCCUUCAAUUCCCGACGGAACCGGAGCUCGAAACCCAGCCAGCUGACCACCUCGACUUAAACGUCAGUUUGAAUAUAAGGUGGAGGGCCUGUAGAUUAGGAUCCGUGACAGUGGAUUAUAUUCCCUGUUUGGAUAAUUCCAAAGCGAUUAAGCAAUUGAAAUCCAAGAAACACUUGGAACACAGGGAAAGGCAUUGUCCGAAGCCGCCUCCAAGGUGUUUGGUGCCUUUGCCUAAAAGUUAUAAGGUUCCGGUUCAAUGGCCUCAGAGCAGGGACAUGAUUUGGUAUAGCAACGUUCCUCAUCCUAAGCUUGUAGAAUACAAGAAGGAACAGAAUUGGGUGCGUAAAUCCGAUGAUUAUUUUGUUUUCCCUGGAGGUGGUACUCAAUUUAAGAAUGGGGUUACUGCCUAUAUCGAUUUCAUUACAGAGACAGUACCGGCCAUUAAAUGGGGAGAGCACAUUAGGGUUGUUUUAGAUGUUGGGUGUGGUGUUGCCAGCUUUGGUGGUUAUUUGCUGGACAGAGAUGUGGUUACCAUGUCAUUUGCCCCCAAGGAUGAACAUGAAGCUCAGAUACAGUUUGCUUUAGAGAGGGGAAUUCCAGCUACACUUUCUGUCAUCGGUUCAAAAAAGUUGACAUUUCCAGACGAUGCAUAUGACUUGAUACACUGUGCACGAUGCAGAGUUCAUUGGGAAGAGGAUGGUGGGAAACCAUUAUUGGAGCUGAACAGGAUUCUGAGGCCUGGGGGAUUCUUUGUAUGGUCUGCUACACCAGUUUAUCGAAACGAUGAGAGAGAUCGUUAUGUUUGGAAGUCUAUGGUGGCUUUGACACAAUCAAUCUGCUGGAAGGUUGUGGCUAAACGUGACAAUUUUGAUUCAACUGAAAUUGGGCUUGUAAUAUAUCAAAAGCCUUCCUCAUAUUCCUGUUAUGCACACGACAGAACAAAACGUCCACCAUUAUGUGAUCGGAAAACUAAGAAGGAAGUCUCAUGGUACAAGCCUCUUAGGCAUUGUACUUCCAGACUUCCAGUUGAUAGCAACGGUAAUUUGCUUGGCUGGCCCUCACCAUGGCCCCACAGGCUUAGGAAUAAGCCUCAAAGCCUUCCAGCUGAACCGGAUGCUGAAGCUAUAUUCAAUGAGGACACCAAACAUUGGGCUGCACUUGUAUCUGAUGUCUACUUUGAUGCUCUAGCUAUAAACUGGGCUAGUAUAAGAAAUGUGAUGGAUAUGAAUGCUGGUUAUGGAGGGUUUGCGGCGGCACUUAAUGAGCUUCCUCUCUGGGUGAUGAACGUUGUACCAAUUGAUGCACAAGAUACCUUGUCCAUUAUUUUCGAAAGGGGCUUGAUCGGAAUCUAUCAUGACUGGUGCGAAUCAUUGAGUACAUACCCUCGAACAUAUGAUCUGCUGCAUUCCAGUUUUCUCUUCAAAAACCGUAAAGAGAGAUGUAACAUUAUAGAUGUAGCUGUGGAAAUGGAUCGCAUACUGAGACCUGGUGGAUAUCUGUUACUUCAAGACACCAUGGAAACCAUUCAGAAGCUGAAUCCAGUACUGCGAUCACUACAGUGGUCGACAAGCCUUUAUGAAGGCCAAUUUCUUGUUGGGAAGAAGGGGUUUUGGCGUCCCAAAAACUAA